AUGGAAGCCGAGCAAAAGGAGGCAUACCAGUACUGGGGUUAUCUGUUCAAGCAAGACCGCACUGGUACUGAUAUGCUCAAGAAUCUACUCAGAGGCAUACAUCAGACCAUAAUAACCACAUUCGAGCCGUCCGAGUCGCCAGACGUUACCCCCAUUCAAAUGGCCCUGUUCUACAAGGCGGUCAAUGGCGACUACGAUCCUCUUUUUCUGUCAACUCCGCCAUCGACCAUCGCCUUCAUCUACAAGAACCUCGGCUGCUUACACAGUCUACAGCCACCGAUCAAUCCGGGCGACCGCUAUGCUGAUCCCGUUGUGCCUGCUCUCAAGGUCGAAGGAUGGAUCAUGUGGCAGACUGUUCAACUUCUCCUAGGACCGGACGAACACUCGGAGUUCCUGAGACAGGCAGUGCAGAAAUGGAACGUCAAGAACCCCGCCACGGGGGAGCCGUUCCCAAAGAUCCUGCCCCGGUCAUGCUUUCCUCCACAUCCAGACACCAGCAUGGUUGAGUGGUAUGAAGGCAUGAGCAGCCGAUUGCGUCGCGAAGCUGAAGAGCAAGAGCGCAUUCGGGUGCAGCCCAUCGAGGACCGACCAGACACGCCCAACAACUCGAAACACCACCGCAAGAUCAGCAGGUACUCGGACAGCGCUCUGACUGAUGACGAGUCACCGCCCGACCACAAGAACUUCGCCAUCGCCUACUUCCGUGAUCCUUUGUUCAGAGCAAUAGACGGCAGACCUGGACUUGUGAGGAACAGUAGUCGCCGCCGACCUCCGCUCAGCCCU